AUGUCUUCAAUCUCGAAGCUCAUCCUUCUCUCUCUACUGUGUCAUGCCAUUUUCCUCACCAAAUGCGACGAUGACGAGGAAGACAGGCUCGUCCAAGGAAUCAAUCAGUACCGCACAUCCUUAAACCUCACGGCCUUAAGCCACAACGAACGAGCCGAAUGCCUCGCGAGUGAACUCGCUGACCAGUUCAAAGGCCAACCUUGCACAAACUCCACUGGCUCAAACACCAUUCCAGGCACCGAGCCCCAAUUUCCCAACUUCCAGAACCUUCUGACCAAAUGCCACCUCAACGUCACCACCACAAGAGACGGGCAGAUAAUGCAAGCAUGCGUGCCACACCUCGACCCAUCACUCGUGCUUUCGAAUUUCACCAUGUCUCAGUACUCGGGCUAUCUGAACGGGACUCAGUUCAGCGGGAUUGGGGUUGGGUCGGAAGAUGACUGGAUUGUUGUUAUCCUGACGGCAAACACAAGUCAGGGAGAUUACGGGCUCGGGACUAAUGUGGAUAAUGGGGUGCCCGGGAUUAGUGGGCUUGGUGGUUGUUUGGUAGCUUUGGUUGUUGGGCUUUUCAUGUUGUUAUAA